GGUAACUUGAUGAGGUUCAGCUGCCAUCUUUCCAAACUUCAUUCCCACAGAAUCAUAAUAUUGUGGAAACAUUUCAAAGUCCAGGAAAAAUUAAUUUAUGCAAAAAUUUUAAAAAAUUAAGAGACUGUUAAGUUAAAAUAAGACUUCCCUCAUAAUUAACUCUAUUUAAUCGCGAUUUACUAAAAAAAUUCGUAACUUGUAAUCUUAUUCCAAUUCAAACAAGUGGAUUUAUUCGUUGCUAUAAUUACCAGAUAAUAAAAAACGUGAAAAUAGCUAAAUUUUGUUGAAACUCACAUUUUGUGAAAAACUUUCAGUCAACUUUAAAUGCAAUAUUUGCAUUAUUAUCGUCUUGUGUCUGGACAACUCACCACACGGUUUCCAUGGUUACCAAUCUAAACCCAUUUGCAUAUAUAAAAACUACGAACGAGUGAUUUAACAAAAUUUAAACAAUUUCAAAAUGGAGCUACCAAAAUUAAGUCAACCUCCCGACAAUGUGGAUCCGAAAACAAGAAUUCCAGAGUUCAAAAAUUUCCUUGCUGAAUUGGAAACAUUGCGUCGCGUUCUGACCGAUGCGGAAACAAAAUUGGUUUCCAUUACGCAAAAAUGCAAAAUAUAUUUUGAAGGUUACAGCUACGCCUGUGACCUCCACUUGAUGCUGGUGGACGGUCUCAAGACAAUUAACGACGGGGUGUACGAAGUCGAGGAGAAAUUCCAUGCAAAUUACGACGCCGAAACGGGCGAGAAGAAACGUCAAGUGGAGGCGCGAACGGAGGACGACGACGCCGUUUUUCAAUUACUUCUCAGUCCCCAAGCCACCAUGAAAUCGGAGGAGCAGGACGAACCGGCAGAAAACUUGGCACCACCGACUGAAGAAACAUCGGAGCACCAAUUUAUUCCAGAAGCGUCCACCGUCCCUGCAGAGUCAUAUGAACCUUCAUCCCCACGAACGGAAGAAGAAUCAUGCAGUGAUUGGGAUCCCGACGAUGAAGUUCCACCCCCAAAUUAUCAAGAGGACUAUAAUUCUGAAGAUAAUCAAGUCGAGAAUUCUGAUUCCCAACCACAACAACACCCACCCGUCCCCCCAAUUAAAAUCAGCAAUCUUUUAAAACGCAGAGCAUCACAAAGUUUGCAAAGAAAAAUAAAAAAAUCCCAGAAACAACAUGAACAAAAAAUUGCUUCCGCUCCCCGAAAUUUUGCCGCCCGCUCUUCCUCCGAACCCCCAAUUAUUAUCAGUCCCCUAACCCCACCCCCACUAAUCAAAAGGAAGCGGGGACGUCCAAGAUCCAUCUUCCCAAACCAAACUAUCCCCUGGGGAGGGCCCAUCCCUGUCCCUGGUCCCCCAGAAAGCGCGGCCGCCCAAGGAAAAUCCCUCUCCCAAUAAGCUCCCCAUCGGUCAUAUCGCUCCCCAAGAAGCGGGGACGUCCCCGAAAAAUCCGCCCCCUUGAAACCGAACAGAUCAUCACCACCCCCACCGAAGAACCCCCUCGCAGAAAGCGGGGCCGCCCCAGAAAAAUCCUCCC